AUGCAGCACCGCGAGGAUGACCCCCGCCCUGCCGUGGGCGCGCAGGACAUCCGUUCCGAGCGCCUCACAAGCUGGGCCGUCUGCACGGUGUUGACCGUCGUCGCAGCCAUCGUGCGCUUCUGGGGCAUCGGUCACCCGGACCAGGUUGUCUUUGACGAGGUGCACUUUGGCGGCUUUGCUAGCCAGUACCUGCGACGCGAGUACUACUUUGACGUCCACCCGCCCCUGGCCAAGAUGCUUAACGCGCUUGCGGGCUGGUUUGUCGGCUACGAUGGCAACUUUGGCUUCACCUCGAUUGGUGACAGCUACACAGAGUCCAACGUCCCCUACGUCGGUAUGCGCUCGUUUAUCGCUAUCAUGGGCUCGGCUACGAUCCCUCUUGUGUACGCCAUCAUGCGCGAGAGUGGCUACCCCAUUGCCAUUUCUGCCUUCUCCGCCUUCCUUAUUCUCUUUGACAACGGCCACGUCACCCAGACCCGUCUGAUCCUCCUCGACGCUGCACUUGUCCUCUUCAUGACCUGCUCGCUCUUCUGCUAUGUCAAGUUCCACCAGAUGCGCUACCGCGAGUUCACCCGCGAGUGGUGGUUCUGGAUGCUGGCCACCGGAGCCUCCCUCGCGUGCACUCUGGGCUGCAAGAUGGUCGGCCUGUUCACAUUCCUUACUGUCGGUGCCGCUGUCCUCUGGGACCUCUGGGGCAUUCUCGACGUCAGGCGCGGCUUCAGCAUGUCCUACUGGUGGCGUCACUUUGUUUACCGCGCCAUUGGCCUCAUCGUCAUUCCUUUCAUCCUCUACCUCUCUUUCUUCUGGGUCCACUUCAAGAUCCUCAAGUACUCUGGACCCGGUGACACCUUCAUGUCGCCUCAGUUCCAGGAGACUCUUUCUGGUAACGAGCUUCUCCUCAACUCGCAGGAGGUCCGCUACUAUGACACCAUCACCUUGGUUCACAAGGACACCAAGGAGAUGCUCCACUCGCACGAGGACAAGUACCCCCUCCGCUACCCUGACAACCGUAUUUCGUCGCAGGGCCAGCAGGUUACUUGCUACCCGCACAACGACACCAACAACCACUGGCAGGUCAUCCCUACUCACGACAUUCCUGACCAUGGCCGUGGUCGCGUUGUCCGCCACGCCGACAUCGUCCAGUUCCUCCACGUCGGCACCAACACGCUCCUUCUCACCCAUGACGUCGCUUCCCCGUCGAUGCCCACGAACCAGGAGUUUACCACGAUCAACCGCGACGACACUGAGCGCGUCGAGGAGACCUACUUCCAGCUCUUGGUUCCCGACGCGCACGACGGCGAGGCCAUCAAGACUCUGUCGUCCCACUUCAAGGUCCUGCACAUGAAGACUCGCGUCUUCCUGUGGACCCACAAGCACGCUCUGCCCGACUGGGCCUCCGGCCAGCAGGAGGUCAACGGCAACAAGAAUGCCCCCGAGCGUAGUACUCUGUGGUACGGUGGCGAGAUUAUCGCCGACGGCCAAGGCAUCGACUUCCGCAACCGCACCGCCCAGGUUGAGCCCAAGACGCCCGCCAAGAUGAACUUCUUCAAGAAGUGGUUUGAGCUGCAGAUCCUCAUGCUCCAGCACAACUCGGGUCUCUCGUCGUCACACCCUUACGCGUCGACUCCCAUUGAAUGGCCAUUCUGCCUGAACGGCGUGUCGUUCUGGACCGAGAACGAGCAGCAGCAGCAGAUCUACAUGGUCGGCAACCUCCUCGACUGGUGGAUCUGCUCUAUUGCCCUGUCCAUCUUCAUCGGUGUCGUCGGCGCCGACCUCCUCGCCCGCCGUCGCGGUGUUGAGCCUAUCGAGGAGGACGUCCGCAACCGCCUGUACCGCAACACUGGAUUCUUCGUCGGCGCAUGGGCCUUCCACUACUUCCCCUUCUACACCAUGGAGCGCCAACGUUUCGUCCACCACUACCUCCCUGCGCAUCUCGCCUCGGCCCUUGUUGCCGGCAGUGUGCUCAACUUUGUCCUCGUCGAGGCGGUCAACUACCCCAUUUCGGCUGCUGGCCUGCGCACUCGUCUCCGCCCGGCCCACCGUGCGUACGUCCCGCGCAACGGUCUCAUUGUCCUUGCCGUUCUCUCGUCGCUUGUGCUCGGCUGCUUCUUCUUCACCGCACCCUUCACGUACGGCACGCCGCUGUCCUCGGACCAGGUGUCGGCGCGCAAGCUCCUCCCUUCGUGGACCCUCCACUUUGAGGCCAAGGUCACGCACGACGUCGACAUUGCCUCGCAGAACCGUAUCGUACCCGAAGCGCACCUCAUGGUCAGCGACAAGCACCCCGAGGACCUCCUCAUGGCGCGUGGCGGCGGCGACGACGACAACGCUAUUCAGUCAUCAUAG